GCCUCCCGCCCGCCAUGCAGAAGGUCAUGUUCAAGGGACUGCUGCCCGAGGAGAAAACCUUGCGGGAAAUCAAAGUAACGAACGGAGCAAAGAUAAUGGUUGUGGGCUCUACCAUCAACGAUGUGUUAGCAGUAAAUACACCCAAAGAGGCUGCUCAACAGGACGUCAAAGCUGAGGAAAACAAAAAGGAGCCACUUUGCAGACAAAAGCAACACAGAAAAGUGUUGGACAAAGGAAAACCUGACGACGUGAUGCCUUCUGUCAAAGGCGUGCAGGAGCGGCUGCCCACGGUGCCGCUGUCCGGCAUGUACAACAAGUCAGGGGGCAAAGUCAGGCUGACCUUCAAACUCGAGCAAGACCAGCUCUGGAUUGGUACAAAAGAGAGAACAGAAAAGUUACCCAUGGGGUCCAUUAAAAAUGUGGUGAGUGAACCUAUUGAAGGCCAUGAGGAUUAUCACAUGAUGGCAUUUCAGCUGGGCCCAACAGAAGCAUCUUACUACUGGGUCUAUUGGGUCCCAACUCAGUAUGUCGAUGCAAUCAAAGACACGGUGCUGGGGAAGUGGCAGUAUUUUUGAAAGCACGCUCACCUCUGGCACGGGAAAAUGACACAAAUCUAAGGACACUGCUGGGAGAGGCCUCCAACAUCCCUGGAUGUGACAGUCCUGGAACUUAUUAUUAAAACAUGCUAAACGAGGCAUGGAUGGAAGCCAGAGGUGAUGUUCUUUCACCAUUAGUUUACUUUUAACUUAAAGAUUUCACCAUCCCUUUUCUGCAGUCAGCUUCAACCAUAUUUAAAGCAAAUACAAUGGAAAUCAAUAAAUCUGAAUUCACAAAAUAUUGUGUGUAAUACACUUAAAUCUGCUGAGAGUUGAUCUUCCAGUUUAGUUUUAAAGAGAAAAUAUUGCAAUGUAUUAUUGAGGAUUUUUUACAUGGUUUGAACAAAACCAAAUAUUUUCAUAAUCUCUCAGUUAUCAGCAUUAGACUUACUUUAGUGACUUGGUUGUGAAGGGGACUUUGAGGGGCAGAUUUUUAAGAGCUAACUGUAGCAGAGCACAGCGUCGCUGUUCGGUGAAGCCAUAUCCCGCUGGCCCUCCAGGGCAGCCUCCACUCCUUGGUAGCAGAACUAAUUCUUUGUUUUCACCCAAAGAUGCCCUGCUUGCUUGGGAAGUUUCCUGGCCUUUUCCCGAGUCUGGCAGCUCCAGGUUGGUCGGUGCAGCGUGUUUGGAGCAGGUGAAUUGUGCAGGGAUGCUUUGUCGUGGCAGGUGACCCAGUGCUGCCAGCUGCUCCCUCCCGUGCCCGGUCAGUGCUUCACUCCUGCCCUGGGCUGCUGCAUUUCGGGAGCAUUUUCUUGCUCAUGCAUGUUGCAGUCCAGGAUCAUUUUGCAGCUGCUGCGUUGACACUGAGCUGUUGGACUGGGAGCACCCUUGUGCUGCUGGUGUGAGCAGGGGGACACAGUGGCAUGGACAUGGAUGGAAACACCGUAACGCUGCAGGGGGACACAGAUCUCCCAAAGGGAGGGAACCACAGAGACCUUCCUGCCCUGUUUGGGGUGGGGGAAGUAAGGAAGAGAGAAACUCCGAGGCUGUUUUGGAUUCUUAAUAACAGCAGCAGUCUUUGUGAGCUGGAUUUGAAAAUUUGUAGUGAUGGAAUUCAGUGAAUCGUACUUUAACCAUUCAGUGGGGGAUGUUUUGAAAUGUAAACCACCUUCCAGCUUUUCUCCUGCUCCAGUUCACAAGAAGCCCUCACACCUGAUUCUGUCAGAAGGAACGUGCUGUGCCUGGGGCUGUGGUGCUCUGUGUGUCAUGCCAGCCAUCCAUGUGCCAUUUCUCUCAGGUGUUCUGAACAGAGCCCUCAGCCCUGCACAGGUGCAAAGCCCAUAGCAGGUGGCAUUGUGCAGCCAGACUGGAGCAGCUCACACAUCCCUGCUUGCAUCAGCACUGGGGCUCAGUGCUGCUCCAGGCCAGUAGCUCAAUGCCAUGCAGAAACAGCCAAUCUGAAUAUGCUCCAUGUCCACUCUUCCCUCUCCUUGAGGGAAGAGCUCAGUUGAAGCACAGCAGUGCAAAUUCCCAAAUGAAUAUUUAUUUUACUUGAGAGACUGGAAAACACUUUGGCUUUCUGUAGGUGUUGAGGUCACAUAUUUCCCUGUAGCCUCUAGACAGCAGCUUUUAGUUUGCAUUUUCUGUUUGAACAGCCACGCAAUAUGAGUUUUAAAGGUGUUUCAUAUCCUACAUAAAAACUAGUGAUGUGCUUGUCACUCCUGUAGCUUGGGGUAUUUCCUUUCUGUGUGCAAGGCAGCAGCAGCGUGUCCUGACGCGCGUGGCUGGGCCAGGAGAGCUGUUCAGCUCCCUUGGCUGGGGCAGUGGGGGCAGAGAGGAGCUGGCCUGCCUUUACUGGUGGCAAUGUCGUGGGUGAAACACAGCCAUCACACUUGUCAUUUCCUAGUUGUCAACCCUGGUGUAAAGACUGAAAUUAACAAUUGGUUACCUGGUGGAAGGUGUGGGCACUACAGGAUAAAGCAAAGGGGUGACACUGGCUCUUUCUGUCACCUAGGGCCACGUUGCCACCUUGCUGGUUCUGUGAUGAUCAGCUCCCAUUUGUUCCUCAGUGUGCUCAGACCUGUCAGUGCAUCUGUUAGUGUUCCGUUUCCUUUCCUGUCC